AGCAUAGAGUGGUGGUGAGGAAAGUGACAGUCACACUGGAGGCUUCGUGCAUGGUGAAACACAGGUGAUUUCAGCUUCCACGGUUGCAAUUUACAGCGGAAUGUUCACUCGAAGGGGGCAUGGAGACGUCAAGAAAUCUACACAGAAAGUUCUGGACCCAAAGAAGGAUGUGCUGACCCGGCUCAAACACCUCCGGGCACUGUUAGAUAUCAUUGACAAGAGUGAACUGAAGGCAUUCUUCGAGAGCAACUGUUCUCAGAUUUAUUUUAUCUUCUAUGAAAAUUUCAUUACACUGGAAAGCAACUUAAAACAAAAAGGGAACAAAUCUCAAAGGGAGGAGCUGGACUCUAUCCUCUUUAUUUUUGAAAAAAUUCUACAACUUCUGCCUGAGAAGAUCUACAACCGAUGGCAGUUUCACAGUAUAGGUUCUAUUCUGAAAAAGCUUCUACACACUGGAAAUUCAUUCAAGAUCCGCUGUGAGGGGAUCCGUCUCUUCCUGCUGUGGCUGCAGGCCCUGAGGGACAACUGUGCUGAGGAGCAGUUCCUUAUCUUUGCCUGUCUGGUGCCAGGAUUCCCUGCUGUGCCCUCCACCAGAGGGCCCUGCACCCUUGACACCAUCAUUUACAACCCCUUCUCCAACCCCCCUGAUGCAAAAGUGGUGCCUGAGGAGAUUACCCCGCUUGUUCCAGCUGUGGUGGGAGAAAAAGUUGCAGAUGACCAGACCUGUUACAUCCUUGAAACCCUGCUCAAGUACAUGGUCAUUCAGGCAUCCAGUUUAGAAUGGAAGAACAAAGAGAACCAGAACACAGGCUUCAGGUUUCUCUUCAGCCUGUUCAAGAAGUACUACCUUCCACAUUUAUUCCCAUCCUUCACCAAGCUCACAAACCUCUACAAGCCUUUAUUAGACCUCCCCCACCACAGACCAAAACCCUUGUAUGUGCCAGUGACGCGGAACAAUGAGAGCACCUUCUGCACCAGGGACCAGUACCUGGCACCCCGUGUGGCCUUCAUCACCUGGCUGGUCACCUUCUUCCUGGAGAAGAAGUAUGUCAGCAGUGCUGCUGCGGCGCAGAGCGCCAAGAAUGGCACUGAGGUCAUUCCCAAACUCAUCCAGACUGUCACUAGCAGCCAGGAGAAGGAGAAGGAUAAGACAUCAGAUGGGGAUACAAACGGACCAGCGGGGGAGCCUGAGAAGAGCCACUCCAACAGCAGCACGCUGUCAGAUCGACGGCCCAGUGAUUCCAGUUUGUGUAGCAUUGAGGAGGAGCACCGCUAUGUCUAUGACAUGGUGCAUGCCAUCCUGCUGUCCACCAGGGACAAUGUGAAUUUUGUCAACGAGGUCUUCCACCAGGCUUUCCUGCUGCCCUCCUGUGAGGCGUCAGCAACCAGGAAGGUGAUCAAAGUGUACAGGAAGUGGAUCCUACAGGAGAAGCCCAGCUUCAUGACAGAGCCUGACACAACGGCCCAGGAAGAUGAAGUGGAUGACAGCUCUGAACAGAUACUCAGCACAGAGACAAACAGCAUGCAUGCACAGACGGAGAGUCAUGGUCACAGACGGUCGUCCAGCUGGGGGAGGACCUACUCGUUCAGCAGCGCCAUCAGUCGGGGCUUUCUCACUGAGGAGCAGAACAGGGACAUCAAGGCUGGCAUCCAGCCCACACUACAGGUGUUCCUGACCAACUCAUCCAAUGUGUUCCUGUUGGAGCCAUGCCAGGACGUACCUAAACUCCUGGAAAACCAGGUUGAGGUGUGCAAGGGUGUUCUUAGCAUCUACCGGCACAUGAUCAUGGAGCACACAAUGAACACACAGACAUGGGAGCAAAUGCUGCAGGUACUACUGAGGAUCACUGAGGCGGUGAUGAAGAGGCCACAGGAAAACCAAAGAAAAGACAGCUUUGCUGAAAGCUUAGCAUCUAUACUCUUUAGGACCAUCAUUGUGGCGUGGGUGCGAGCCAACCUGUGCGUAUUUAUCUCCCGGGAGCUAUGGGACGAGCUGCUGGCAGUGCUGUCCUCUCUUACCUGCUGGGAGGAGCUGGUGACAGAGUGGGCCAGCAUCAUGGACUCGCUGACGGCUGUGCUGGCACGCUCUGUUUAUGGCCUGGACAUGGGCAACCUGCCCCUGGACAAACUCAGUGAACAGAAGGAGAAGAAGCAGAGAGGACGUGGAGUGAUCCAGGACUCCCAGAAGGCAGCAGCAGUGGCACGUUCCUUCUCACUGAGUUGGAGGAACCAGGGGGAGCAGGGCGGGCCAGCGGUUCAAGAGCCCAUGAGGAUUCGCUCGGCCACUACAUCAGGAGCUCCUGGUGUAGAGAAGGCCCGAAACAACGUCAGACAGAAGGCCUCUGAUGUGGAAGAGUGCCAGCUGUCAGAAUGUGGGGGAGAGGAGGAGCUGGGAGGCGGGGAUAGCCCUCUGCCACGUAGCAGUAGCACCUCCGACAUCACCCAACAACUGUCUGAUACUUUACCAGCACAGAAGAGAGAGUACUCCCCUACUUCCUGUGGCUCUGACAGCAGGACGUCUGAGGGCAGGAGAGAAAGCAAUGAGCCACCAGUGAUCCUUAUCCAGCGGAGCAGCAGUUCAGCUGAGACAGAGUGCAACACUGAGGGACACACAAACUACACAAGGCCCAAGCUCAGAGAGAAAAGUGAGAGUAUAAGCAGUGAGACAUCCAAUGGCUACCUCAAUGAAGCUGAGGUCACCUGGCAGGCCUUUGAUGAGGAGGCUGAUACUCAAUCCACACAGUCAGCCCACAUGGACGUGACGACCGACCCCCAGAGCCAGGGGAGUCUGCUGCUCAGCCACAAUGAGGCUCUAGCAGGUCCUGAGUGUGCCUUCCCUCCCCACUCUGCACCCCCGUCCUACCACCACCACAACCACUACCACUACCCCCAGAACCCCCCCGCCUCACCAGCCCUGCUGGUGCACACAGAGUGUCCGCGGGACUGCCCCCUGGACGACACCAUGCAUCAGUCUGUCUUACACAUGCCACACCACUUGGACAGUAGUGAGUGUCUCGCUGAUGAUGUCAGCAUCAUUGCUGGCGGGACCCUGACUGGUUGGCAUGCUGAUUCAGCCUUCGUCCUUUGGAGGAGGAUAUUGGGUAUCCUGGGAGAUGUCAACAGCAUCCGCUGCCCAAAAAUCCAUGCCAAGGUCUUUUCCUAUCUCUAUGAGCUCUGGCACAAGCUGGCCAAGAUCCGGGACAACCUUGGGAUCAGUGUGGACAACCAGUCUUCUCCUCCCCAGCCUGCCUUCAUCCCGCCACUCCGAAUGCUUGCCUCUUGGCUCUUCAGGGCCACCAUGUUGCCAGCAGAAUACAAGGCCGGCAAGCUGCAGGCCUACAAACUGAUCUGUGAGAUGAUGACCAGGCACCAGGAUGUGCUCCCCAACAGUGAUUUCUUGGUGCACCUCUACUACAUCAUGCACAAGGGCUUCACCAGUGAUGACCAGGAUGUUUUGAACACUAUCAUCCGCUCCUGCUCCCCUCGAUUCUUCUUCCUCGGCCUGCCGGGCUUCACCAUGCUGCUCGGAGAUUUCAUCACUGCUGCUGCAUGCGUCCUCAGCUCCUUCUCCCCAGAGGCUCCAAGGAUGGAGGCUCAGACAGUCCUGGGCUCUCUGGUCUGUUUCCCCAACCUUUACCUUCAGAUUCCUGUGCUGCAGCAUGUGCCUGGCUCUCAUGACAUUAUUGUAGGCAAUGAGGAUAUCAAGGAUUAUCUGGUCAACAUCCUGCUGGAAACAGCAACAAAGGAACACUGUGAAGGGGCCAGAUGCAUUGCUGUAUGCAGUCUGGGCCUGUGGGUGUGUGAGGAGUUAAUGCAAAAGAACAUCCACCAGCAGGUUAAAGAUGCCAUCAACGUCUUGGGAGUAACACUAAAGUUUGGGAACAAAGCGGUGGCUCAGGUAGCCUGUGACGUGUUUCAGCUGCUCAUUUCUCACUGGGAACACCUCAAGAGGUUGGAGUCCACUCUGCCGAAGAAAAUCAUUGAGAUCUUUGUGGCCACAAUAGCCUUUUUGUUGCCGAGCGCAGAGCACUCAACAGUGGAAGCGGACAAAAAGUUGAUGGUGUCGCUGCUGCUUUGCCUGUUGGACUGGUGCAUGGCCGUUCCUUUGAGUCUGCUGCUGGAACCCAUCACCAUGCCUUCGGUGGACGACCGCACAUCCCACAAGGCCCCGCUUCUGGACUACAUCUACAGGGUGCUGCACUGCUGUGUAUCCGGCUCCAACCUGCACACCCAACAGAGCCACUACCUCCUCAGCCUGUCAGACUUGUCCCCUGACUAUGACCUCAUGUUGGGUCAGGUUAAGAGCUUUGAGCCACCACCCUCCCAGACAACCACUACCGACUUCGGCAACCUGCUCACCGUAGCUGAAGAAAAAAGACGUCGGAACAUGGAGCUGAUACCUCUGACGGCACGGAUGGUCAUGACACACCUGGUGAACCAUCUGGGUCAUCAUCCACUGAGCGGUGGCCCCGCCCUGCUCCACAGCCUAGUGAGCGAAAAUCACGACAACCCAUAUGUGGAGUCGUCCGAGCUGUCCUCUGAGGUCUUCAAAAGCCCAAACCUGCAACUGUUUGUCUUCAAUGACAGCACGCUUGUGUCCUAUCUGCAGAUCCCUGCAGAGACACCCACUGUUGGACAGCCCCCACACCCUUCUUCCCAAGUGCGGGUCAUUGUCCGGGACAUCUCAGGCAAAUACUCAUGGGACGGUGCAAUCCUCUACUGCACCACCCAGGAAGACUCUGUCGAUGUGGGAGUUUUUAGUGCAGUUGACCGUCCCCUUUCUACUACCACUGUCACUCACAGCAGAAACCAGCCUUACUCUCCACACAAGAAUCACUGUUCAGUCUCAGACUCCCUCUCUGACUGUUGUGAGGAGGAGGACGUAGAUGUUCUGGAUAAGCUGUUGGAGGACCUUGGCCACAGCAGCCCAGAAUGCCUGCCCCAGCCACAACUCAAACUCAACCAGCCAGCCCCCUCACCCCAUGGCAUGAACAUAGAGCAAGAGGGCGCCAUCCUGGAGGCCAUUCUCCGACAGACUCAGCAGGAGGAGGAGCAAGUGCGGAGGUGGGAUGCUGAUGUAAGCUUUCGGGCCGCCUGCCAGAGGGAACCUUCCCACCAGGAACCAAAAGCUCCUUUUUACUUCUGCCGGCUGCUGCUAAAUGACCUUGGCAUGAACUCUUGGGACCGCAGGAAAAGUUUCCAUUUGCUGAAGAAAAAUUCAAAGCUCUUAAGAGAACUGAAGAACUUGGAUUCCAGGCAGUGUCGAGAGACGCACAAGAUUGCUGUGUUCUACAUUGGAGAGGGCCAAGAAGACAAGUGCUCCAUCUUGUCUAACAGUGCAGGCAGCCAGGCCUAUGAAGACUUUGUGUCUGGACUGGGAUGGGAGGUGGACCUGGCCACGCACUGUGGCUUUAUGGGUGGCCUCCAGAGGAAUGGCAGCACUGGUCUAACAGCUCCUUACUAUGCUACCUCCACUGUGGAAGCUAUCUUCCAUGUCUCCACGCGCAUGCCAUCUGAUUCUGAUGACUGCCUCACCAAAAAGCUACGUCACCUGGGAAAUGACGAGGUUCACAUAGUGUGGUCAGAGCACACCAGGGACUACCGACGUGGCAUCAUACCAACUGACUUUGGCGACGUGCUGAUUAUCAUCUACCCGAUGAAGAACCACAUGUAUUUCAUCCAGAUCGUGAAGAAACCACAGGUUCCUUUCUUUGGGCCUCUGUUUAAUGGCGCCAUCAUCACUGGGUCGCUGCUGCCAAGCUUGGUGCGGGCCACCUGUAUCAAUGCCAGCAGAGCUGUCAAGUCCCGGCUGACUCUCUACCAGAGCUUCUAUGAGGAGCGGGCGCUCUACUUGGAGGCCAUUGUUCAGAACCAUAGAGAGGUCAUGACCUUUGAAGACUUUGCCUCGCAGGUCUUCUCCCCCUCUCCUGGCUACCCAAUGAGUGGGACAGGUUCCUUCACCGGCAGCACGAGCACCGAAGCCAGCGCCCAAGCAGGAACAACGGACUCUGUCGACCAGGUCUCUCCCACUAUGCCCCGUGCCACAAAGAACAGAGUUUCAGGAAAACUCCGCCGAUCAGCCAGCGCUAUAAGCAAAUCCUCCAACUGA